AUGAAGAACAGCUUGGUUCUACUCUCAACCAUUCUCUCGAUUUCAUCGCUCGCUUCGGCGGAAAAUGGAGCUGCCCGAUCCAGGUAAGAAGAAUAAAAAAAAUAGUGAUUUUGUAAAGUUCGGCUGCGGAGAAACGUAGUAAAUGAAACCGAAACUGAUAACGAGAACCGGUUUGACAGAUGUUGGACAAGUGGUAACGGACGAGCUGCGCAAUGGUGGCCGGAGGGCGAAACGGUGACUCGCGGCAAGUACUACUAUGAGUGCAAGCGCGGCCAGCUGGAGCCGCUCGGAUGUCUGUCGAACGAAGGGACCAAAGUGGCCCUGGCGCACACUUUCCAGCAGGACGGAUACGAGUUCAUCUGCCAGCUGGGUACGUACUUUGCUUUCCUUAUCAGCCGCGUCUCUUUACGACGCCCCAUCAAUUCGAGAUGCGUUUUGUAGGAAGCGACGGCUACAUCGAGUUCGGUUACAAUGCGUGCGUCGGCACAGAUGGACGUACUUAUCAGAAAGGAGAGACUUGGACUGAUGCCAAGGUGAGGAGAGGAGAAAGUUGCGAUCAGGCGGGAGACGGCUUGCAAAACAGAGAUAUCACUUCCGGUCACAGUGGGGUCCCACCGGGUGAUCUUUCGUCUCGAGACUCUUCUAUUCAUUUCUCAUUUUCCCCUUCCAGAACACCUACUACUACCGUUGUCGCGACGACGGACGCGUCGUGAAGGCGUCGAUCGAGGGGUGCAUCGCCCACGACAAGCAGCGUCGGGUGCCGCUCGGACAGACCGACGACUUCGACGGAUACACGUGAGUUUAUCUCUGCUUAUCCGUCUUCCGGUCGCCGCCGACACGGCGCCAAAAGUGUAAAUGAUAGGUGACAUAUGGUCGCAGUGAAGGUCGAGAGCGGCUGAUUUGAACGGAAAAGCGAGGGAAUAAAUACGAAGUGACGGGGGGCAGACUAGGUGGUGGUUCGGGUAAACAGAAACCGAAACGGAGACUAAAGACUGUCGUCGACUGAAAGAUUGCGGGAUCUUUGGAAUCAGUUACUGCAUAUCCCUGUCACGGUUCUGAUGAACUGAAUCUGAGAUGUACAAUAUCUAGUGUAGAUCCGAACACUCCAAACCAAUAUUGGUAGCUUUCCGAAAGUCCUGGCCAUCCAGGGAUCGGUAGCUAUUGAAUGUCCCCGGGACUCUGUCCUAUCUUUGAAUCUUGGAUGUAAAAAUCCGUUUCGGUCGAUCCAUUCAAAGUGCGAAAGCGAUAAAGUGCGCCUUGUCACUCGCCGUUUAGACAACCUUCAAAUCCACCGUAUCACUUUCGGAUCCAGUUUUUUUUUCGCAUCUUCAGAGUGACCUUUUUCAUUGAAAAUCGCACGUUUGCGUCUUUGAAUUGAAUCGCAAUCAAUUUUUUUAAUGAUAAGCGAAAGUGCAACAAAGAUUCGGUUUUUCUGCAGAUACAAGUGCCAGCAGAAGACGUCGGGAGUGGUGCAGAUGUGCAGUGUCGGCUGCAUUCACGAAGGCACUCGCUACUCGGUCGGACAGCAGUACAAAGUGAGUCCGAAGGCAGCGGAAGGGCGUGUCCAUCCCCGAAUCCGUUCACAAGAGAAAGUGAUUCUCGAUCAGCGAACGUUUGCAAAAAAGGAAGAGAGAGAUUGAUAGUAUCUUCUCGAACAUUGAACCGAUUAAUUAUGUUUUCAGGACGGCGACUACCUUUUCUAUUGUAAGUUGCAAGGCGGAAAGUGUACGAAACAAUGCAUCGGAUGCGUGUUCGGCGGCCAGAAUCUGUACGAUGGACAGAGGUACAAACGGGACGGAACCACCUACCAAUGCGAGGUUUAAUUGACACUUCGGACGGCCGUUUCCGAAACGCUUUAUUUGCAGAUUCGUCCGGGAAAGAGGAAUCAUCGCGCGGUCGGCUGUGCCAUUUCGGAGAACGGAAAGGACGUGAACAAGGUAAUCGGAUGCCGUUGGUACGAGCAGAAUCCCGAGUGGAAGGUCGAGAAGACAUGCGAGAAGGACGGGGAGAACGCGGCGAAAGUGACGACCGUCGGCUGCAUUUACAAGUACAAGGGAUUCGAUCGCAUUUUCCUCGAGCCCGGAAAGUACACCAUCUGGAACCUUCCGAAGCAGAAGGACGUCGUCGGAUUGGCGUGCCGCAAAACCGCCGACAGUGCCGAGUUGAACGUGUUUGACGUGUCCAGAUUGGAGCAGAACACCGCCGGACUCACCUACGAGAUGCCACGUGGCAAAUGA